UGUUACUUUCACAUCACAUACUUGUAGUUGUUUUUUUGUUUGUUUUACAUUUUAAGGCAUUGUAUCUUUCUUUUCCCGCUUUGCUGCGGUUGAUCUUUAUAAGACCUCAACACUCUGAUUCCCAACAAGACACACUGAUCAUCUAAAUAAGUGUGGGCUCUGCUAUGAAUCAGUGUGAGGACAGAGAGGAGGGAGUCCCUCCCUCUAAAAGCACUCUGUGUGGGGAACAUGACAGCCAGACCAAAGCUCAGAGCCCAGAGCAGCAGCAGGGACCAGACUCUGCUGGACCUGGACCUGGACCUGGACCUGGACCCAGCUGUGUGUCCAUCAAGAGUGACCGGUCUAUGGACAAACCUCUUGAGUUCAAAGGGGGACACCACUCUGCUGAUCAAAGCUUUCAGAGUCCCGACUCUUCUGUACCCAGCUGUGUGUCGCUCAAGAGUAAUUGGUCUAUGGAGAGACAACCUGGCUUUACAAGUGGACAACACACUACUGAACUUCUUGAGAUCCAGCAGCAAAGACAAGCCUGUCCUGUGCCCACAUGUAUGUCCAUAAAGAGUGACAGCUCUAUGGAUCAACCUCUUUACAUUGCCAAGCAAAUUGUUCAGUCUGCCCAGCAGCAUCAAACAGACCAGGACUCCAUAUUUAUGCUGCUUGAGGACAAUAUUGUCAGUUUUGUGAAAAAUGAACUGAAGAGAUUUCAGAGGGUUCUAAGUCCAGAUUACCCAGAAUGCUUAGUAAGUCAGAGGGAGGAUGAGGAGAAGUUGGACCGAGGAGCAGGAGAAGAGGAGGAGCAGCAGAGGAGGAGCAGCAGAGAGGCAUUUCUGAACAUCACACUGCACUUCCUGAGGAGAAUGAAGCAGGAGGAGCUGGCUGAGCGUCUGCAGAGCAGAACUGUUGCUGCAGUGUGCCGACGUAAACUCAAGUCUAACCUGAAGAAGAAGUUCCAGUGUGUGUUUGAGGGGAUUGCUAAAGCAGGAAACCCAACCCUUCUGAACCAGAUCUACACAGAGCUCUACAUCACAGAGGGAGGGACUGCAGAGGUCAAUGAUGAACAUGAGGUCAGACAGAUUGAAACAGCAUCCAGGAAACCAGACAGACCAGAAACAACCAUCAGACAAGAAGACAUCUUUAAAGCCUCACCUGGAAGAGAUGAACCAAUCAGAACAGUGAUGACAAAGGGAGUGGCUGGCAUUGGGAAAACAGUCUUAACACAGAAGUUCACUCUGGACUGGGCUGAAGAGAAAGCCAACCAGGACAUACAGUUCACAUUUCCAUUCACUUUCAGAGAGCUGAAUGUGCUGAAAGAGAAAAAGUACAGCUUGGUGGAACUUGUUCAUCACUUCUUUGCUGAAACCAAAGAAGCAGGAAUCUGCAGCUUUGAAGAGUUCCAGGUUGUGUUCAUCUUUGACGGUCUGGAUGAGUGUCGACUUCCUCUGGACUUCCACAACAAUGAGGUCCUGACUGAUGUUACAGAGUCCACCUCAGUGGAUGUGCUGCUGACAAACCUCAUCAGGGGGAACCUGCUUCCCUCUGCUCGCCUCUGGAUAACCACACGACCUGCAGCAGCCAAUCAGAUCCCUCCUGAGUGUGUUGACAUGGUGACAGAGGUCAGAGGGUUCACUGACCCACAGAAGGAGGAGUACUUCAGGAAGAGGUUCAGAGAUGAGGAGCAGGCCAGCAGAAUCAUCUCCCACAUCAAGACAUCACGAAGCCUCCACAUCAUGUGCCACAUCCCAGUCUUCUGCUGGAUCACUGCUACAGUUCUGGAGGAGGUGUUGAAGACCAGAGAGGGAGGAGAGCUGCCCAAGACCCUGACUGAGAUGUACAUCCACUUCCUGGUGGUUCAGUCCAAACUGAAGAACAUCAAGUAUGAUGGAGGAGCUGAGACAGAUCCACACUGGAAUAAAAAGAGCAGGAAGAUGAUUGAGUCUCUGGGAAAACUGGCUUUUGAGCAGCUGCAGAAAGGAAACCUGAUCUUCUAUGAAUCAGACCUGACAGAGUGUGGCAUCGAUAUCAGAGCAGCCUCAGUGUACUCAGGAGUGUUCACACAGAUCUUUAAAGAGGAGAGAGGGCUGUACCAGGACAAGGUCUUCUGCUUUGUCCAUCUGAGCGUUCAGGAGUUUCUGGCUGCUCUUCAUGUCCAUCUGACCUUCAUCAACUCUGCUGUCAAUCUGCUGGAAGAAGAACAAUCAACCUCCUGGCUGUCUAAAGUCUUCAGAGACAAACCUAAACUUAAACUUCUCCACCAGAGUGCUGUGGACGAGGCCUUACAGAGUCCAAAUGGACACCUGGACUUGUUCCUCCGCUUCCUCCUGGGUCUCUCACUGCAGACCAAUCAGACUCUCCUGCGAGGUCUGCUGACACAGACAGGAAGUAGCUCAAAGACCUACCAGAAAACAGUUGAGUACAUCAAGAAGAAGAUCAGUGAGAAUCUGUCUCCAGAGAGAAGCAUCAAUCUGUUCCACUGUCUGAAUGAACUGAAUGAUCGUUCUCUAGUGGAGGAGAUCCAACAGUCCCUGAGUUCAGGAAGUCUCUCCACAGAUAAACUCUCUCCUGCUCAGUGGUCAGCUCUGGUCUACAUCUUACUGUCAUCAGAAAAAGAUCUGGACGUGUUUGACCUGAAGAAAUACUCUGCUUCAGAGGAGGCUCUUCUGAGGCUGCUGCCAGUGGUCAAAGCCUCCAAGAAAUCUGUGCUGAGUUUCUGUAACCUCUCAGAGAGAAGCUUUGAAGCUCUUUCUUCAAUUCUCAGCUCCCAGUCCUCUAGUCUGAGAGAGCUGGACCUGAGUAACAACGACCUGCAGGAUUCAGGACUGAAGUUGCUCUGUGUUGGACUGGAGAGUCCACACUGUAAACUAGAAACUCUCAGGCUGUCAGGUUGUAGGGUCAGUGAGGAAGGCUGUACUUCUCUGGCUUCAGCUCUGAGCUCCAACCCCUCCCAUCUGAGAGAGCUGGACCUGAGCUACAAUCAUCCAGGAGACUCAGGAGUGAAGCUGCUGUCUGAUGGACUGGAGGAUCCACACUGGAGACUGGACACUCUCAGGCUCAGUGGCUGCAAUCUAUCAUGGAGAAGCUGUGAAGCUCUGUCCUCAGUUCUUAGUUCACAGUCCUCUAGGCUGAGAGACCUGGACCUGAGUAACAACGACCUGCAGGAUUCAGGAGUGAAGUUACUGUCUGCUGGACUCAAGAGUCCACACUGUACACUGGAAACUCUCAGGCUGUCAGGUUGUCUGAUCACAGAGGAAGGCUGUUCUUCUCUGGCCUCUGCUCUGUGGUCCAACCCCUCCCAUCUGAGAGAGCUGGACCUGAGCUACAAUCAUCCCGGAGACUCGGGAAUGGAGCUGCUGUCUGCUGGACUGAAGGAGCCACACUGGAGACUGGACAUUCUAAGGAUGGAAAAUUGUGGAGAGCAGAGACUGAAACCUGGUGUGAAGAAGUUUUCUUGUGAACUUGCACUGGACCCAGACACGGCAUACAGAAAGCUCAAACUGUCUGACGACAACAAGAAAGUAACCGCAGUGAGAGAGUAUCAACCAUAUCCUGAUCAUCCAGAGAGAUUUGACUGCUUCUGUCAGCUGUUGUGUAGAAAUGGUCUGACUGGUCGCUGUUACUGGGAGGUCGAGUGGGAAGGAGCAGUUCAUAUAGCAGUGACUUACAGAGGAAUCAGAAGGAAAGGAAACAGUGCUGGAUGCAGGUUUGGAAUGAACAAUCAGUCCUGGAGUCUGAGCUGCUCUGGGGUUGGUUCCUCUGUCUGGCACAAUGGCAGAGUCGCAGACCUCCCUCUCUCCUCCUCCUCCUCCUCCUCUAACAGAGUAGCAGUGUAUGUGGACUGUCCUGCUGGCUCUCUGUCCUUCUACAGAGUCUCCUCUGACACACUGAUCCACCUCCACACCUUCAACACCACAUUCACUGAACCUCUUUAUCCUGGGUUUGGGAUUGGUUUUGGCAUUCGCUCAUCUGGGUCUGUAUCGCUCUGUGAGCCGUAGGAGGAAGAAUGUGGUAAAAAAAGGAUCAACGCUAAGUCCACAGAAUCUGGCUACGUCAUGUUCUGAAUGGGUUCCAGCUUAGUCGUGGUUUGCAUGUCUACAGUAAAUGUUUCAGAAGCAGAGCGUAUCAUCUUCAGCAGUCAAUUUUAGAAUAUAGUUCAGAGUUUUUGUCCAAUUGCUUUGUAUGGAUGGACUUUAAUAUACAGUUUAAUGACAGGACCAUGCCGUCUUUCAUCUAAAUGCCCUGUGAGUAACCUAAGUUUACAUUAAAGCGGGUAAAAUGUUUUCUCACCCAAAAUAAUGAUACUGUAGAUCUGCCCAGUGUGGGUUGAGAGCUGUGUGGCAUCAAGAAGACAACCUUUUAUUGCUUUAUUGGUUUUGUCAGAUAACGUCUUGAUUAUAAAAUAUUGAUGUGAUCAGCACCACAGUCCAGCAGCUUGUAAAUGACUGGUGGUCAACAAGUAGUAAUUAUGAGAUCCGGUUAAAUUACUGUUUUACACUUGUUCUGUUGUCUGAGAGAAACAUGUUCAUUUUGUCAGUAUAUCAGAAUCAGAGUCCAGAAUGUUAAAAUGUAGCUACAAGGAUAUUGAAUCUUGCUUUCAGAAGCCCUCAUAAUGUGGUUACACUGAACCUUUUAUAUAUGUUUGGUUGGUCAGUGUAUAUUGUAAAGACAGGAAGUGCAAAAGUACAUCAUGGGGGUGUAAAACUCCUGAAUGAAAUAUUGUACAGCUAAUUAAGUUAGCAUAGUUAUCAUACUGUACUGUAUAUAGUUAACUUACAUACAGAGGCAGUUUAUUUGAAUUGAAUAUAUUUGUCAUUGUAACAAUACAGUGAAAUUAAGUGCAGUCCUUACUCAGUGCGAGACAGCUAGUAAAAUAUAAAAACACAUAAAACCAUAAAAACAACACUAUAGCCACUGUGCUGCCCGUGGGUGUGUAUAUACAGCAUAAAGUAUGUCAACUGUAGUUGAGUCUGAUGGUGUAUGGACAGCAGUUGUUCUUGCGUCUUUUUUGCUGUUUUGUAGAUAUACCAGGAGUAAGUAGUGAUUUCUCCUGCCUGUUUCUUGACUCAGAAGGUGUACAACAAUAAACUAAUAAAAGAUUUAACUUGUAAAGAACCCAAACAUGUCUUGCCACCUACAAUUCUCAACCUGCUGUAGCUACUGUGUAGUUGAAAUUAUUCUUUUACAACAACGACCGCUGCUUACCUUGUCUAAUGGUAGAGCCCCCUGACUAAUUACUAGGACAAGUAUACAAAUAAAUGUUAUUAGUCAAAUCUGGAUGAUUUGACAAGGCCAAACACAAAGGCCCUAGACCGCCUCUAACAUUUAAUUUAUUUAUUGUACACAAGGGCUCAGUUGAGGGAAUUUCUUUACUCAAGGAGAGCUAGAUAGAUGUUUCAAGUUUUGAAAAUGAAUUUAGUAGUGUCACGGUUUUGGUGAGCGCAAAGCAGGUGAGAUGAUCACAAAUAAACUACAACCAAUGGGGAACACAGACUGAAGCUAGAAUUAAACAGAAACUGCAAAUGAACAAUGGAAUAAACAAGGCUAAACAGAGAACACAAGACAAGGAACAAAACCCCCAAACAGAAAACAUGGACCAACUGUUACACAGAACAGGGUAGGGAACAGAGACAGGACUAACCAGGAAACAGGACAAAACUAAACAUGGAAAAGAUCAGAGAUAAGGAAAAUACCAAACACCUCUGAACACCAGCUGACAGAUCAUCACCAGAUAAACAAUAACAUCAGGUAGAGUUAGCACACUAAGGUAGCAAGCAAACUAUACCUAAGUCUAAAUUAACAGAACAGAAACAGGGAGUCUAAAUGCAUGGCGUUAGCAACAAAACAAACAGGGACCGAACCAAAAAAAAACGCAGAGUGACUAAGGGAGACAAGAUAACAGAACAACACAGACAAACUCAGCAACAGGCUAAGAUAACUGAACAAAACAGAUUAACACUAGCAGACUGGACACAGGACAACAGACAGGACUGAAACCCAAAACACAACAGACUAAAUAACAGAUACCAGUUACUACAACAAUGCAUUUUAGAAAUGCUCAACAAGUGUCCUGAAAUUCUUUGUUCAAAUUGCACUGCAGCUUUUCAAACUGUUGAAUAAUAAAAUGCACUGAGGUUAAAACUACAUCAUUUGAGAUUUAUGGUCACACUGAUUAAGGAUUUGUUAUGACUUCACUUGUUCAAGGUCCACAGAUCACAGCCGCACUUCCUUCUUUUUAUAGCAUAAUAAUGGGAGAUCGAACUGUCUCUGAAUCAACAGACCUUUAACUUUAAAAAAAACCUGCUGAGAGUUACAUGUUUAUUCUCUCUGGUUGGUUCCUUGAUUGAAGCUGCUGAGUAAUUUCUCCUUCACUCAUCGGCUUCGGGCAGAUUAUUUUCCCCUUUUAAAGGUAACGUAGCUAACAACUUUCCAUUAAGUUACUGUCUGCGAGUGUCAGUGUUAAACUAAUCUACUAACAGUAGAGGUGAUGUUGGUAGUAAUGUUUUAUGUUGCUUUGUUGAACAUUGAAUCAGGAUGGCCUCUGGGUUAUUUUUUUUAAUUUUCAGCCUUUCCUUGUAAGAUUUAUUCUAAAGACUGAGUGAGAUUGCCAUGUUUCACAUUGAAGUGCUUCGCCAUAUCAUCUAAUGUCAGGAUAACUAACAUGAUCAAUAACAUCCAUACCACUUUACAGAAUACAAAUGGAUCUUUGUAGUUAUCAGUACUGACGGACAGUCACUCCAAAAUUUCCUCUGCACCAAAAGAGUAAAAUGAAAUGUGUCAAAUAAAUGCUAAAUUGUAGUAUGAAUCAUUUAUUAAUUGUAAUAUAAAUUCAAUGUUCAUCUUUAGUAACGUAAUUCUUUGGUACCUUUGAGGCAGUGUCUUGUGUUGGUGAAAUAUUAGAAGCACCUGUACCAUACAAUGAAAUUCAAAACAAUGCCAUAAACCUUAAAAAAGAAAACAGAAUCAACUCUUCAACAACUAUUAAAAUUAAAUGAUUCACAAAGUA